GGCCUGGCCGUGGCCAUGGAGCCCGUGGAGGUCCCCGUCAAGGACGGCAUCCUCUACCAGCAGCACGUCAAGUUCGGCAAGGGCACCGGGGAGUCUGCCUCAGGACCAGGGCCGGCUGAGUCUCCCAGGAGGGGCCCUGUCCCCAUGGAGGAAAACUCCAUCUACUCCUCCUGGCAGGAAGCGGGCGGGUUCCCGGUGGUGGUGCAGAGGACGGAGGCCGCGGCCCGCUGCCUGCUGAAGGGGCCCUACCUGCUGGUGCUGGGCCGGGACGCCAUCCAGCUGAGGGACCGGGCCGGCCCCCAGGCCCUCUACAGCUGGCCCUACCGCUUCCUGCGCAAGUUCGGCUCCGACAAGGGCGUGUUCUCCUUUGAGGCUGGCCGCCGCUGCGACUCGGGCGAGGGCCUCUUCGCCUUCAGCAGCCCCCGGGCCCCCGACAUCUGCGGGGCUGUGGCCGCCGCCAUCGCCCGCCAGCGGGAGCGGCUGCCGGGGCUGACCGGGCCCAGGCCCUGUCCCCUCCCUCGGGCCACCUCCCUGCCCUCGCUGGACCCCCCUGGAGAGCUGCAGGAGGUGCCGCCGCCGGGGCCUGAGCCGCCCACCUCCAGGAGGCUGCGCCUGGCCGAUUCCGGGCCCCAGAGCCUGCCGCUGCUGCUGGGGCCCGCGCCGGGCGAGCCCGCGGCGCCCGUGCUGUACGCAGUCGUGUGCAAGCGGGCCAGCGGGCCCCCGGCCGCCGCCGAGCACCUCUACGAGAACCUGUGCACGCCCGAGGCCGGCCCCUCGCCGCCCGAUGCCAGCCCCGACCCCCAGGAAGGCCCCUGCGCCCGCAGCCCCCUGGCCAGCCCCGUGUGCCACAGCAGCGAGGACCCGACCUGGCCCGGCCCGGCCCAGGACAGCAGCCUGGAGGCCCAGUACCGGCGGCUGCUGGAGCUGGAGCUGGACGAGGCAGGGGGCACCGGCCGCCCUGGCGCUCAGGCGGGCUUCAAGGCCAAGCUGGUGACGCUGCUGAGUCGCGAGCGGAGGAAGGGCCCUGCCCCCUGUGAGCGGCCCUGAGCACCGUGCAGAGGGGCAGCCGGAGCAGACAGGCGCUCUCCCCGGGACAGGAGGGUGGGCCAGUGGGCAGACAGUGGGCAUCUGUGGCACAGCCCUGUGUCUGCUCUGGCCUGCAGGACAAGGCGGGAAGCCUGGGAGGGGAACCCCACCCCUGCCCUUCCCUCCUGCCACGUACAGUGUACAGACUUGUGACAAUAAAGCCCCCAGAGCAGCC